UAUGUUCGUAGACAUGGUCAGAGUGCGCCUCGUGUUCGUUGGGAGAACAUCUGUCCAACCAUUGACGAAGGACUCCAAACUACAUUGUGUGUUUUUCCGAGGAUCCUUGAAGGCAGCACGAGGUUUGACAGCUAGACAGCCAAAACAUGGCGGCUGCUAGCUAGAGCACCCAGUCGACGGGACACCUUUAUCUUCUAUUAUCAUUGUCAGCAGUCAGGGAAUAAACCUGGGCCGGUAAGGAUUCACGGACAAAGACUGUAAACGGCUGCGGAGAAUUUUUUUUUAUUUGCCUUUUCAGUUCUCCGGUAUGUAAAUGCGGUUUGUGAGCCACGGCAGACGGCGGCAGACAGGAGAAAGCUGACGGACUGUGUAUACCUGGUUUCCUCACCUACUCUGGCGAUAUGCUGCACAGGUAAACACAAGCUUCUCUGUGAACCAGCCCCCUCCCUCACUCCUUCCUCAUCCCCGACCCCCUUGCUGAUGAUGUCAUCACCACCGGCGAAGCCCUCCGUCACCUCCCCCUCCCCCGGGUCCCGGCUGCGGCCCUCCGAGGCCCUGGACGCUCUGUCCGUGUCUUCCCUCCUGUCUGGGGAUUUAGACGACGACGGGGACGGAGGAAGAGGAGGGGAUGAGGAAGGGCUGGGAGACCUAGAAGUGAACCCGUAUGACGGUUUACCCUUCUCUUCGCGCUACUACGCCCUGCUGGAAGAGAGGCGGCAGUUUCCCAUAUGGAGGCUCAGACAGAGUGUACUGGAGAAGCUUGAGAGCCACAACAUGGUGCUGCUCAGUGCACCCAGUGGAGCUGGAAAAAGCACCCAGGUGCCACAGUGGUGUGUGGAGUACGCUUUGUCCUAUGAAUUUUCUCAGGGACUGGUGUGCUGUUCUCAGCCGUAUUCGGUGGCAGCAGUGAGUCUGGCUCUUCGUGUGGCUGAUGAGAUGGACCUCAGUCUGGGUCUGGAGGUGGGCUACAGGGUGUCUCAUGAUGACGGCUGUACACCCGACACCUUGCUCAGGUUUGUCAGUGACACUCUCCUGCUGGAGGAAAUGAUGUCAGACCCACUACUUCACCAGUAUAGCGUGGUGGUCUUGGACGAGCUCCAGGAGCGCACCGUGCCCACCGACGUGCUGCUGGGUCUGCUGUGCGAUGUCUGCCGCCAGAGACCAGACAACUUCCGGGUGGUUCUCCUCACCCAUCCGACGCUGGCGCAACGUCUCGCCACCUUCCUGGGACCCUCUGUCCCUCACCUCUCCCUGGACAGCCUGCUCUCUGACCCCCCUACCAGAAGCCAGGAAGAGGGGGGUGAGGUAGACGAGGACAGCAAGGCUGUGGAGGUGAACAGGGUGGAGACACUGUACCGGGAGCCUUCUUCUGGGAAGGAACCUAUGGCUGCUGCCUGUCACUUGGUGUUGGAUCUGCACCGAAGGGGAGAGGAAGGAGAUGUGAUGGUGUUUCUGGCCAGUGCACAGGAAAUAGAAGAGUGUGUGUCUCUGCUGGAGAAGGAGUGUGUAGCUCUGAGUCCUCAACUGGGUCCCCUCAGGAUCCUCCCCCUCCACGCUGGCCUGGGUGAGCUGACCCAGAGGGUGUACGGGUCUGACCCCGAAGCUUCUACGCUGAGGGAGAACGACAGCUCUGAGGGCAUGGACGGCUCGGUGCUGGGAGCCGGAGGCCCGGGGGUCAAGAGGAAGGUUAUCCUCACAGAUGCCCUCGCAGAGGCUUCCUUCUCCCUGCCAGCCAUCCGCUAUGUCAUAGACACAGGCCUUCAGCUCAAAACUGUUUACAAUCCUCAAAUAAGAGCAAACUCACAGGUCUUGAGGACCAUCAGCAAACACCAGGCUGACAUGCGAACUCAAAGAGUGAACAGCCACCUUCCAGGGCUGUCUCUGCGUCUUUACCCCCAGUCUCUGUAUGACGAUGGGAUGGGGGAGGCCCACUGUCCAGGGGUGGUGGAGGAAAAUCUCAGCCACUUGGUGUUGUUGCUCAAGAGGCUUGAUAUUGCCGACAUGGGACAGUGCAAGUUCCUGGACAGACCAGCCCCUGAGGCUCUAAUGCAGGCCUUGGAGGACCUGGACUAUCUGGCGGCACUGGAUGAUGACGGUAACCUGUCGGAGGUGGGCAUCAUAAUGUCGGAGCUGCCGCUGGAGCCGCCUCUAGCUAAAGCCCUGAUCGCUGCCUGCGAGUAUGACUGUGUGGAUGAGUUGCUCACGAUAGCUGCCAUGCUCACAGCUCCUUCCUGCUUCGUGACGGCAGAGCCCAGCAGAGAGGAGGCUGCUGUCACUCACUGGCGACCUCUAAUGCACACAGAGGGAGACCACAUGACUCUCAUUAAUAUUUAUAAAGCCUUCAUAGAACAUAAUCAGGACGAGGCAUGGUGCACGACAAACUUCCUCAGCCACGCCGCCUUACGAUUGGCUGUGGUGAUCAGGGCCGAGCUGCUGGAGGUGAUGCAGCGAAUAGAGCUUCCUGUUUCGCCUCCCGCUUUUGGAUGCCAAGACAACUGCACGAAUAUCAAGCGUGCUCUCAUCUCAGGCUUCUUCCUCAAAGUGGCUCAUGAUGUGGACGGUUCGGGUAACUACCUCCUGCUAACUCACCGCCAUGUGGCUCACCUGCAUCCCUUCUCUUCCUACCUGUGUCGCCAGCCCCGUCCCGACCCCCCCAGCUGGGUCCUCUACCAUGAAUUCACCAUCUCCCGCGAUAACUGCAUCCGCAUCGCUUCCGAUGUCCACCCUCAGAUGCUGGUGGAGCUGGCCCCUCAGUACUACCUGGGAAACCUGCCAUCGAGUGACGGCAAAGAGCUGCUGAUGGAGCUGAGGCAGAGUCUGGAGCCUCACACGUACGAGCAGGACGGAGUGUCAGACACGCACAGCCGGACUCACAGAGACGGAGACGCUGAUGGGACUCACAAUCAGUCCAGCACUGAGCUCUGUGUCGUCCAGUGAGACGAGACAAAAGAGGAGACGGAGCCUCUCAGGAGAAGACACUAAACACACAGCUGUCACUUUAUUGCUUGAUCUGAGAUUUGGUACUUUAUAUGAACUUCUCUGUGAAAUCUCAUCUGAAGUUGAAUCAUUUUGAUGUAUGAUUUAAAAUGGACUUUUAUUGAUAGUUGAUACUAUAAAACACUAUUGUACAGUAAUAUAAAUAUUCAAACCUCUUCAUUUUCUCCAUAUUUGGUUGUGCUAUUGACUUAUUUAUAAAUUUAUUUAAAUUUCAACUACUUUUCAAUGUUUUAUUACAUUACUUUUUAUUUUAAAUGAGGGAUUUCUGUGUUUCUGUUUGAGUAAUUCUACAAAAAAAAUGUCUAAAAAUCAUCACUUUGUCAUUCUGGGGUGUUUCACUGAUGGCAAAAAAAAAUGAUUUUAAAUUGUCUGUAACAUAAGAAAAGUGGGGAAAAGAAUGGAGAUAUUAAACUGAAUCUUUUGAGGUGUAUUUUUUUGUAAAAAGCAUUUGAGCAAAAAGCAAUACACACUACUUCAACGAGCUGAGACACUGUUAUCGGAUGACCUCUGACAUCUAUGCAGAUUCACAGACUGAUAGACUGAUGGCUUCUCAGGGCUCACUGUGAUCUGUGAUGACACGAUGUAGCAGUGAUGCACAGAGCUUCUAUUUUCCUCUUUUUUAUACUGUUUGUAUAAUGUUUGAGUUUCCUGCUUAGAUCUUCGUUCUGCUUUUUUCUGUCCGACUUAGUGUCAAUAAUGAAAAAUCUUUGUGUUAAGUGGAUUCUUACGUCCUAUUCUCUGUCAGUAUAAUGAGAUUCAAAUAAAAGUGUGGAUUUUCAUGUUU